UUGACGAGUUCCGGCUCGGCAGAGCGGAGUUCUGUCUGUGCACAAGGCAAUCACAUAAUUACUCUGGGAGCCACUAGAGACUCAGGGGCAGCCACUCACAAAUACCAAAAGUAAUCUGCUUAACUCAUGCAUAAACAUGUCUUUGAUCCGACAGAUCUACGCUUCAGCAGAUCGCCGCCCCUAGCGCGAAGGAAGAUCGCCAACCCGUUCCUGCCGACACAUUUACCAGCCACGCGUCGUCCAACAUCAUGUCGCCCCCACAAGCCAAGUCUCCGACGCCCAAAUCUGGCGUAACCCGCACCAGGACGGGAUGCUGGACCUGCCGCGGCCGCCGCAAGAAAUGCGAUGAGACCCGCCCCUCGUGCAUGGCCUGUCAGGGUCUGAAUCUGCAGUGCGAGGGCUAUGGGUUAAGGCUGAAAUGGGCGAUCAGGGGACAGCCUUGUGUGACAAUCCGCCAUGCAAAUCUUAGGAAGCCGAAGUCGAAAAGUCCGGAGGUAAAGCUUGAGGCCGACGGUACUCCGGUGUCGUGGCCGAACGUGUCGUUGGGAGACUGCGAGGACGAGAAAGACCAAAUCUUGUUGCAGUACCUUGGCUACGACACGUUCGCUUCACUGUCGAAGUUUGAAAGAGACGUUUUGUAUGACUUCGCAGAUUGGGGCGCUCUCACCCUGUUUGCGAAGCCUGCCACCGAGAGCAAGCCGGAUCCUGGAAGAUUCAAAGAAAGCUUGACCUACUGUGCGCAAUCACGGUUAAUGCUGCUGAACAGCCUCACCUACCAGAUCACAUGUGAUCCCAAGCACUCCAUGCACGUGGAUCGGUACUAUGGCCGGAGCAUCAAAGGGUUCCGACAAGCCUUAUCUGAUCCAGUGUGUUUUCAAGAAGAGAUGACACCGUACGCGGGAAUCUUGCUGUGCUCAAUAAGCAUGAACCGAGCAAUGCCUUUUAGCAUACACUUGAACGGUAUCGCCAGUAUUUUCCAUCAAAGAUUCGUUCUUCACUCUUCCACGGAGACUUCACGAGAGUUGGCUGGAUUGAUAGGCGUGCUGGACCUGCCUACUCACAGCCUAGGUCGGCAGAACGGGCACUUGCACAUGUGGCAUGACCACUGUAUGGGUCAAACUGGCGUCGAGGAGGUGAGCGGUUUGCCAUGCAGUUUACUCGACUUGUUCGCUUCAAUGAUGGAUGAUGAUAUUGAGGAUCGAUUGUCGCAGUGGCCAGGUGAGCCAGGUGAACCUGUGAUGUGCAAGAUUUGGGAGGCGACACAACUUGCAGGGCUGAUCAGAAUCCGAGAUCUUCGCCUGGACCAAGGCUUGCCUGCUCAACCGGAUCGGAAUGCGAUCGUCCCCGCGGUACGGCAGGUACUAGAUCUGUUGCAGGGCCUGCGGGUGAGACUGGACCCCAGCACAUUCGCAUCGACGGAGAGCCUACUUCUUCCAUUAGCCGCCGCUGGUUCACAGACAUCAGCUCUCAUCGAAAGCGACCGCACAUUUAUCAGAGAAUGUGUUAAUUCACUCGCAGGCCAUUCGCUGAGUAGCUAUCCGUACUACGAAGGUGUCGUGAGUGUACUGGAGACGCUCUGGGCAAGUGACGGUUGCAAAACCUUGGACAGUGUCUCCAGGGACAUGGGCUUCGAGCUAGGCCUGUUCUGAAUAUCCAUCAUCGAGAUUAUUGUUUCAUUACAGCAGGGUAUCAAUGCUAUCCGUACACAAUCCUUCUACAAAUAGCUCGACGCCGACAUUGGAGAAGAAUAUGGAGAAUCCACGCUGUAAAUUUACCAGAUGAUUGAGCUUUUCCCACCGAAGAAGCCAGUAUGCGCCGAAAGAGAACACCGCGAAAAAGCUUGGU